CUCUGGGCGGUCACGUGGGCGUGUUAUUUCUUGGCGGGGUCAUCCCGUCGCUAGAGCAGGACCGAGUCGCGCCGAGUCUCUUCCGCCGAACACCACGCCUGAGCCUGCCGUACCCUGGUCCCGAGCCGGUACGCGCUGGGCUGCCCCGACCCUGUGACUUUGGCACCCACACGGAACCAGUGUCCACCAUGGCGGAGUACGAGUAUGAAUACGACCAGGAAUACAUGGGACAGGAGGACGAGUGGGAGCGGGAAGGAUUGCUCGACCCCGCCUGGGAGCGCCAACAGAGGAAGACGUUCACAGCCUGGUGUAACUCCCACCUGAGAAAAGCCGGCACUCAGAUCGAGGAGAUCGCCGAGGACUUCAGGAAUGGACUGAAACUGAUGCUUCUUCUGGAGGUGAUCUCCGGCGAGCGCCUGCCCAAGCCCGACCGGGGCAAGCUGAGGUUCCAUCAGAUCGCCAACGUCAACAAGGCCCUGGACUUCAUCGCCAGCAAGGGCGUCAAGCUCGUCUCCAUCGGAGCUGAAGAAAUUGUUGAUGGCAAUACGAAGAUGACCCUUGGUAUGAUCUGGACCAUCAUCCUGAGGUUUGCUAUCCAGGACAUCAGUGUUGAAGAAAGCUCCUCCAAGGAAGGCUUGCUCCUCUGGUGCCAGAGGAAAACAGCGCCGUACAAGAAUGUGAAUGUCCAGAACUUCCACACCAGCUGGAAGGAUGGUCUGGCGUUCUGUGCCCUGAUCCACAGACAUCGGCCCGAGCUGAUCCCCAACUACCAUGAGCUCAGGAAGGACGACCCCUACACCAACCUGAACCUGGCCCUGGACACGGCCGAGAAACACCUGGACAUCCCGCGGAUGUUGGACCCCGAGGACAUUGUGAACACAGCCAGGCCUGAUGAGAAGGCCAUCAUGACCUACGUGUCAUGUUACUACCACGCCUUCUCCGGCCUGCAGAAGGCUGAGACUGCAGCCAACCGCAUCUGUAAGGUGUUGCGGGUCAACCAGGAGAACGAGCGGUUGAUGGAGGAAUACGAGAGGCUGGCGUCUGAUCUGCUGGAGUGGAUUCGUAAGACAAUCCCGUGGCUGGAGAACAGGACCAGGGACAACACACUGCCAGGAACACAGCACAAACUGGAGGAGUUCAGAGACUACCGCCGCAAGCACAAACCUCCGAAGCUGGAGGACAAGAGUAAGCUGGAGAUCAUCUUCAACACGCUGCAGACCAAGCUGCGACUCAGCAACAGGCCGGCCUACAUGCCCUCUGAGGGGAAGAUGGUCGCGGAUAUUGCCAAUGCAUGGAAGAAGCUGGAGUUUGCUGAGAAAGGGUUUGAGGAGUGGCUCCUUGCGGAGUUGAGAAGGCUGGAGCGUCUGGAUCACUUGGCCAGGAAGUUCAAGCACAAAUCCGACAUCCACGAGGAGUGGACCGAGGGCAAGGAGGUCAUGCUGCAAGACACGGACUUCAAGAACUGCAACUUGUAUGAGCUGAAGGCAUUGAGGAAGAAGCACGAGGCGUUUGAGAGUGAUCUGGCCGCUCACCAGGACCGCGUGGAGCAGAUAGCUGCCAUUGCGCAGGAGUUAAAUGAUCUGGAGUACUGGGACGUUGUAACAAUCAAUGCUAGAUGCCAGCGUAUCUGUGACCAGUGGGACAGAUUGGGAGCCCUCACACAGAAGAGGAGAAAUGCUCUGGAUGAAGCUGAGAAAAUCUUGGAAAGAGUGGACCAAUAUCAUUUGGAAUUCGCCAAGAGAGCAGCUCCAUUCAACAACUGGAUGGACGGUGCCAAGGAGGAUCUGGUGGACAUGUUCAUCGUGCACACUAUGGAUGAGAUCCAGGGCCUGAUCGAUGCCCACGAGGCGUUCAAGAUGACCCUGCCCGAAGCCGACAAGGAGUUCAACGCCAUCAUGAUGUGCAUCACGGAGGUGCAGCGCAUCGUGCAGCAGCUCGACCUGAAGGGGGUCACCAUCAACCCCUAUACCAACAUCACAGGAGAGGAACUGAAGCAGAAGUGGCAGGACGUGAACAACCUUGUUCCUCAGCGUGACUCUGUGCUGCAGCAGGAGAUGGUGAGACAACAGAACCACGAGCGCCUCAGGAGGCAGUUCGCGCAGAAGGCCAACUCCGUCGGACCCUGGAUAGAGAAGCAGGCCGAGGCCAUCGCCACCAUCGGCAUGCAGAUGCAGGGCACUCUGGAGGACGCCCUGCUGAAGCUGAAGAACAUGGAGGCUCAGAUCAUGGCCUACAAACCCAACAUGGACGAGCUGGAGACGUACAACCAAGCCAUCCAGGAGUCCCUGGUGUUCGAGAACAAGCACACACAGUACACCAUGGAGACUCUGAGGGUUGGCUGGGAGCAGCUGCUGACCUCCAUUGCCAGGACCAUCAACGAAGUGGAGAACCAGAUCCUGACCAGAGAAGCCAAGGGCAUCCCAGAGGAGAAACUGCAGGAGUUCAGGGCCUCCUUCUCUCACUUCGACAAGAAACGUACAUUAGCUCUGGAACCCGAAAGCUUCCGCCAGUGCCUGCUGAGUAUGGGCUACCACUUCAACCCCGGCAGGGAGGGAGACGCUGAGUUUGCCCACAUCCUGGGCGUGGUGGACCCGAACGGCUCGGGUUACGUGACGUUCCAGGCCUUCCUGGACUUCAUGACGCGGGAGACGACAGACUCGGACACCGCCGAGCAGGUCAUGCAGUCCUUCAAGAUCCUGGCUGGAGACAAGCCCUACAUCACACAAGAAGAGCUGCGGCGUGAGCUGCCGCCCGACCAGGCCGAGUACUGCAUCGCCAGGAUGACCCACUACACCGGUCCGGACGGCAUCCCCGGCGCGCUGGACUACAUCUCCUUCGCCACAGCACUCUACGGAGAGAGCGACCUCUAACCUCUCUACAUACACAUGCAAAUAAAUGUAUAAUGUAUUUAUCUUAGUCACCAUCCGUUGGGUUACUCCAGGGGUAAUUUCCGUACUUUGGGGGAGUUAGUGAGAACACGUGCCUUUUGACAGCAGGGCUGGGUUGUGAUUGUGCUUGUAUGUUGAGGAAGGAGGGGGUCUGUGGGUAGUAGCCAAAGGAACAAAAAAAAAAGUCUUCUAACUUCUGUCAUUGGGAGGUAGUGUAUGUAGUCGUGCCAUCUUACAACAUUGUGCAACCAUCAGAAUUUGCAACAAGAUAUAUGAAUACGAAGAAUGAACUGUAAUGGUCGGGGAGGGGACAGUAAUAGGUGUAGUGAUGUAGUCGGGAGUGCGUUGACGACAGGACUUCGUAGCUUCGCUGUGAUGACGGCGGGUUUUACCGAGAGCGUAAACCUGUGCUUCGGCUGGGAUACGGACAUCACAGCGGCACAUAUUUAUGUAUGUGUUACUUCCGGGACCAAAAUCAGGGUUGUUGCACAUGGAUAGAUGUGACCAUAUGUGCCGGCUGUGUUGCGCGUGUUCAGGCCGGACACACAGGCCUGCGGUCGGUUUCGCAGCAGCGCAGACCCGCGCCCAGUUCGUGGUAGUAGCUGUCCGCAGGUCGUGACCACGUGCUGCUGCAAAAUCGGCCCGUUUCGAAAGUAAACCAAACUUGUCUUCGGUGUGAAGCGAUACAAUCUGGGAAAAGUCAAAACUCGACCACUUGGCAAACCCAGAUGUGACCACAUGUGCCGCCUCACACCUCCAGACUCGUUUUUAAAGAAAGAAAAAAACAUGCCUCCUCCCCACCCUCUCGUUAAAGAACUCCAUUCCCAGAGGGAUGAGGUAGUACCUACCGACUCCCUCUACUCUAUACACCAGGCAGAGGCAGUCGGUGUGACCACAGGUGACCUCCCAUCCCUCUGGCAUGGCUGCGCCUAUAUUUAGGGAACACGGUUCUCUAUUUGGGUUGCCGUCCGGUGUGCGAGUGAGCCAGCUAAGGCCUGCCCCCCGGGGCAGAAGGCUCCAUGUCAGCAUGGUGGCACUAGCAAAAUGCCUGGCAUGCCUGGUCUGGCUGGGAGCUGGCAGGGAAUGUGUGGGGAGGCUGCGGUAGCCCCGACUCAGCACAGCUGCCUCCAUACCCACGUCAACGCACUCCCCUAUAAUUAGCUCGAGGGAUCUCCUAUCAGCUACUGCCCCAACUAUUUUUGAACGCUUAAUAAUUGUUUUAUACUGAUCAGUAAGUAAGUAGUACCGUUAGUUGUGUACUACACGUACGUUAUUUGCCAGGUCCCAUCAGUUGAUUUUUUGCUUUUUUUUUUCUACAUAUGAUACAUGUAUUUAUCAUUACCUACAUUGUAUACAGUCCUAGAAAUUAUGCAAAUCUAAGGAUAGCUGCCUACAUGUAAGGCCUGCAGGUAGCUUGCAUAUGCUUGAUAUAAUUCUCCACCUGAAGUAUAAGUAGUGGUAUGUCAUGAUCUGAGAGGCUGGAUUUGUUUAAGGUGUCAAAAUUAGAGGUGGUUUUAUCUUGACUCUACUGUAGACUGUUAAUUGGAUGUAAGGGGAAAUAAAAAACUUUGUACUCUUGAAAACAUCA